CCGGUGGCUUUCCCAUCGUUCUGCGACGACAACGGCAUGUGUCCGAGCCAUGUCACCAACACAACACGUCGUAUGCCACGGACGCCAAUAAGCAACGCAACGAAGUCGCGCCUUGGCUUUUCCACACUCCGACCCACAACCCCGGCCACGUCACUUGUGACCUCAUCCCCCAGUGCUCUCUUUGGGACCCAACGCAGCGCCUGAGGUCAUCUAAUAACGGAGCGUUUGGUCUGGCCUCGGGACGUCCAAGUCACGACCCCUUCCCCAUCUCCCGCGGCCCACAUCCUUCGCUCGCCAACGUAAUCAUAACGCACUUCGUAUAAUUAGUAUUAUUCUCGACGUGGCAAUUCCGACCAUAUUUGUACCCCCCUGGCUGCCCUCGCCCAAUUCCAUGGUCUCGCUCCAUGUGCAAGUCCCAAUCCGCCACCAAGGCCUCACAGCCCAUUUCCCGGCACAGAUCUGAAUCCUCAUCCGCCUCAACUGCCCCCUCUUCGUCCGGCGCCGCCGCCUCCUCCUCCUCCUCCAGUGGUACCCGCACCGACCCCGGUAGCCGCUUCCGCCGCCAGCCCCCUACCUCUAUCCCCUCCGGCUCCUCGUUGUCCUCCAAGCCCUAUUCGUCCUCCUCUUCCUCCGCCCUUAGCCUUGCCUCCCUCCGCUCCUCCCUCCCGGAGGCCCCCGCCCUCUACUCCUUCCCGGAGCUCUGCGCCGCCACCAAUAACUUCCUCGCCAAGCGCCUCCCCGGCGCCUCGUCCUCCGCCUGGCGCUGCACCCUCCGCGGCCGGGACGCCGUCGUCAUCCAGCGUCCCCUCCGCCACCGCCUUAGAAGCGGCCACCCUGAGGUUGCCCUCCGCGCCCGUCUCGCUGCCCUCGGCAGGUCCCACCACAGCAGCCUCGCUCGCCUCCUCGGCGCCUCCCUCGCCGAUGACCACGUCUAUCUCGUCUACGAAUUCGUUCCCGGCGCCAGCCUCGCCGACUGCCUCCGCAACCCGCGAAAUCCCCGCUUCACUCCGCUCGCAACCUGGGCUUCCCGCGUCCAGGUCGCUGCCGACGUUGCCCACGGCCUCGAGUACAUCCACCAGCAUUCCUCCGCCGCCGCCGGCGUCCACAACCGGGUUAAAAGCUCCGCCGUCAUCGUCACGGAGCCCGACUUCCGCGCCAAGAUCUGCCACUUCGGCGCUGCGGAUCUCGCCGGUGAGGUCCCCGAUCCCGAUCCUGCCGCCGAGGACGCAGAGAUCACCCCGGUCCUAUCGCCGUCGUCUACGAGAAAGGGAUCCAACGAGCGUCAGAGAAAGAUUGAGGGGACAACGGGGUACAUGGCGCCGGAGGUGCUCGCCCACGGGGCUGUGUCGAGGCGGUCCGACGUGUUCGCCUUCGGGGUGAUGCUCCUAGAGAUGGUCUCCGGCGAGGAGCCGCUCAAGUACCGGUACGACAAGGAGCGUAAGGCCUUCGACGUGUUCUCACUCAUCGAAACGGCGCGGGAGGCGAUCGGGGUGGCGUCGGAGGGGGACGAGGAGGAGGAGCGGCGGGGGAGGGUGAGGCGAUGGGUGGACAGGCGGCUGCGGGACUCGUUCCCGGUGGAGGCUGCGGAGAAGCUGAUCCGGGUGGCACUGCGGUGCGUGGAGACGGAGGCGGCGGCGCGGCCUGACAUGACGUGGGUCGCCGGGAAGAUCUCCAAGGCGUACCUGGAAUCGAAGGUGUGGGCGGAGAAGGUUAGGAUUCCGACCGACUUCUCGGUGUCGAUGGCUCCGCGGUGAGUGUAGGUCGUCUAUUUCUUUUGGGUAUCUCAAUCCAAAGAUUUAUUGGUUAUUUGCGUGUUGGGAAUAGUGGUUUUGGUGUGAUUGGGUCAAAUAAACUAACGAUUCAUUCAA